AACAUCAGCAGUUGAGAAUCGAACGAGUUCGGUGAUGAACGUGCGCACGGAUAAAUUUUAGAUAUUUUGCUGUUUCAACUUUUCAGUUAAUCGAAAUGUUACGGAUAUAGUGAAAUAAUACGCCUGCACAUGAAAUGUGAUAUCAGCCGUAUCUUGUCAAAUGAGUGUUCAAGCUUAUCCCAAAAAUAUUUCAAUAUAUAUGCCCAGAUCUGAUAUUCAGUGAAAAUGGUCCACUAACAUAGUAUAGUGGUUGCCAUAGAUACAAGAAAUUGUUUCAAUGUUCUGAAAUUGAAGUGUGUGAUCAAUGAACAUUUAAAGUUCGCGUUUAUUUCUUUAAUAUAUCGGAUUGGACGAGAACAUAAAAAUGUCGAAUGAAUGGGAAGUCUUGCAACAUACUUAAUGAUAUUUAUCUCACUAUCGACCUAAAGGCAAUGAAAAUGCACCUGCUGUGGCUUAUCAGUAGUAUGGGAUUAUCGCUGUUACGCCUACAGCUCACCCAAUGCAAUGAUAUUGAACAGUUGAGGAUUGGCAUAGCGGGAAACCAAAAUGAAAACAGCGUGGGAAAUAAUGGUCAAUUGAAUACCAAUUCUGGCGUAAAUAGGAAUGAUCUUGCUUUAAUAAAUACUAAUAAUAGUAUGUUGGGGACAAUUUUUAGCGGAGGCGGAACUACAAACAAAGAUAUAAAUACUGAUAAUAAUUUUGGUGAAACAAAUACAGGAGUAUCUGUUAACUUUGAGACAGGAUUAGGCGAUCAAGGAAGUAAAAAAGUUGAUAGUGACUUUCCGCUAGCAGCAGUACCAGGACUAGGGCACAACACAGAUUUUAUUUCUACUGGUCAAUUUAGAGGACAUAAGCAAAUCAAACCUUAUGGUCAACAAUAUGGCCACGCAUUAGCUGGUUUGACGAAUUUGGGAAUUAUUAUACCAAAAAGCAAAGGAUCUAACCUUGAGGAAUUUGCUCGUAAUAGUGGAAGCCGUAAAAUGCAAACAAAAGUUGAUAGUGAAAUCAACUUAAUGGACUCAACAAAUAUAAGUGGAAGUAACGGGGGACAGAAUACGUACCUGGAGCGUUUUAUAUCUGAGCAUACUAUAAUGGCGGUAUUUACUUCACAAGGACAAGUCGGUGGUCCCUGUCUUUAUAUGCCUGCUACGAGGCGACAAAAUCACCAAUGUCGUAAAGAGUUUGGUCUCCCAAAUGCAAUAUUCGAAGCACGACGAUUAGCAACAUCACACUGUGAAAGUCAAUUCAGAUAUGAUCGAUGGAAUUGUUCAAUUGAGACCCGAGGCAAGCGUAACAUUUUUAAGAAAUUAUACAAAGAAACAGCUUUUGUACAUGCACUUACUGCAGCAGCUUUAACGCACACUAUUGCACGAUCGUGUGCUGAAGGUCGAAUGACUAAGUGUAUAUGUGGCCCGCGGAAACAAAAUAAAAUUGGUCAAGACUUUCAAUGGGGAGGAUGCAACGAUAAUUUGAAACACGGCAAAAGAGUGACUCGGAGUUUUCUUAAUUUGAGGGACAGUGAUGAUGACGAAGUUUCUGAGAUAUUGAGGCAUGACUCAGAGGUUGGUAUUGAAGCAGUAUCUACCCUGAUGAUGGACAAAUGCAAAUGUCAUGGAGUUUCUGGUUCUUGUUCAAUGAAAACUUGUUGGAAGAAAUUAUCUGAGUUUAAUGCAACGGCAACACUAUUGCGACAAAAAUAUAAUGAAGCUAUACGAAAGGCACCUAACUUGCGUACAAUACGACGUAACGCUCCCAUGCACCGAUUAAAAAGAUUGAAACAGAAAAGAAGAAAACAAUCACAAUACACGACGCUGUACUAUCUUGAAACGUCCCCUACAUAUUGCUCAGUCACAAAAGAUCGACAAUGUAUGCAUCCAGAUAACUGCGCAAAUCUGUGCUGUGGACGUGGAUACACAACUCAUGUUUUCAAGCAAGUAGAAAAAUGUCGCUGUCGAUUUAAUAACGGACGAUGUUGUCAACUCAUUUGCGAUUAUUGUCAACGAUUUGAAGAUAAAUAUUUUUAUUAUUAAAAUUACUGUCCACGCAAAACACACCAAACGAAGUCUUUCAACAAACCUUUGCUGAACUUGAAUCUAAUUAUACAAAUAAUGGCUAGGAGUUAUUGUUUACGGAUGGUUCCAAGUCCAUCGAUUCCACUUCGUUAGCAGUUGUCAGUGCCACAGGAGAAAGUAUUUGCAAUUGGCUUUUCCCCUCAUCGAGUUCUGUAUUUACCGCUGAAGGAGCUGCUAUUCUUCAUGCAGUUAAUCACGCAAAAAAGACGAAAGGAAAGUUCCUCCUCUCUACCGACAGCAAAUCGUGUAUGUCUGCAAUAACGUCUCCUUCCAAUCGCAAUCCCAUAAUAGAAGUUAUCAGGGACGCGGUCAUUGGUGCCCCUCAGAAAAUCCAAGUAAUUUGGAUCCCUGGCCAUGCUGGUAUUACAGGCAACCACUUUGCAGACCUCGCUGCGAAAAAUGUAGCCAGAACUCCUGCCUUAACAUACUACGUCUCAACCAAACAAGACAUUUCUAACCUUAUAAACACAAAAGGCAUCAAAAAAACGCAAGCGAAUGGAAAACAUUUAAACAUCACAACGCGGUCAUGAACCCAGCCAGAAAUCGAAUAAUCUACUCGUCAACAGUUCCAACUAGCGCAAUGAAGACAUAUACUCGAUUAAGGAUUGGACACACUAUCAUAACACACGCCCACCUACUAUCGGGUAAAAGCCCAUCCAUUUGCCCCCUUUGCGAUGACACCGCUUCUAUCAAACACUUACUCACACUCUGUCCGAUGCUUCACUCAACAGCCCACAACUCUGGCAACAUUGAUCUCAUAAAACUACUAAGUGAAUCUUCAGAAAUAAACGUUAUGAUUGUAUAUAGAUUCUUAAAAUCCAACGAUUUGUUAAAACAUAUUUAAGCAACUUACAUCUUUACUAACCCUUAGCAAAUAGAAUUUUUCACCUAGUUAUAAUUACAAGGCGGCUGAAGGCCUCGUAGCCAGU